AUGAGCGACGACUUUUUACCUCAAAGACCCUUCGCGCAAGGGAACGCAGGAGGUGGAUCGAGACGAUCUUCAUUCGAUUCUAGAAAAGGUUCUCCGCUACCUCGACCUGCUAGUUUGUCUGUCAACUAUGUCCCUACAAAAUUCACAAAGCUACAUGCACCGGGAGAAUGGGGAAAUAAACGUGUCGGCAAACAAGGCGGAGGAAGAGAUGCUUUUUCCAAAGAUGCCUCACGGAUGGGCAUGCUGGGAACGGUCGACGAUGACGAAGGUGUCGUAUUCCAAUUCGGUAGGCACGGUCUACAGCAGAAGAAGAAGCCAAAGUUGAGGUGGAACCGAUUCAAGUGGAUCCUCUUUUGUGCAAAUCUGGUCCUCAUCUCGUACGGUAUCGCCGCGCUGGUCUGUGCCAUCCUCGUCUGGCUGAAUAUCUUCCCUCGAUCCGAUGUUAUACGUGUCGGAAACAGGACAGAGCUGAUCUUGUCUACCGUCGCCGCGUCACUGAUCACGUUCACCUCCCUGCUCGGAUUCUCAGGUAUCAUUCUGAAUAAUCGUGCAUUUUUGGCCAUCUAUACCGUCCUCCUGUGGCCAUGUCUCGCGUUCAUGGUCGCCCCGGGAUAUAUGUCAUACAAGCAGAAGACUUUCAAUCUCGAAGGGAAGAUCAACUUGCAAUGGAGUAGAAAUCUGGGAGCAGAGGGCAGAUUGCGAAUUCAGAACGCUUUACGAUGCUGUGGCUACUUUUCACCCUUUGUCGAAGCCACCCAAUCGCCCUUGUGUUACUCUCGAUCCAUCCAACCGGGAUGCAAAGCGCGAUACUUGAGAUUGGAGCGUUACGUACUCACGACGUGGUUCACCAUUUCGUUCGCUCUGGUACCGGCCCAAAUCCUGAUCACCGUGGCUGCGCUACUGUGUUCCAACCAUAUCACCUACAGGUUUGGCAAAGGUUUGACACCCAAGCGUUAUCGAUUGGAUCUGGACAGUAUGGCCGUGAUUAUGGACAAUUACGCGACUGAAAUCGCAGACAAGUAUGGACCUGACGUUGGACCUGAGCUCGCCCAAGUCGCUCUCUCGAGAUCAUCUUCCAACCUUGAUCUCCCGGGCCAAGGCUCACCUCGAAACUCUUUCUCCCAACCUGCCUCACGUCGAGGCUCCUACUCCAACCUUCCUCCGAUGAAUCGCCAAUCUUACGCGACAAACAUACCUAGCUCUCUAGCUCCUCCAGUCUCAAAUUCUGGUCUAAUGUCUCAACAGAUGUCUAGACCUUCUUCUGCUUCUGGCCAAUAUAGUCCUUCUAUGCCUCUCAUUUCCAAAUCGAACAGCUCGAACACCCUCGGGGGCGGUUCUUCGCGAUUGGCAGCGCCUCCUCUGACGAGCGACUCGCAAGAAUCCUACGAUAGGAGUCGGGAAAGCUUUGACGCGUCUGCUCCCAGGUCAUACGGAUACCCUCAGGACUUCUCCAGCAGCAUGCCCCGAUCAGCGACUGGACAAUUCAGCGAUGGUCAUCACUAG